UUAAUCUUCAAUUCUAAUAACAACAUUAUGAUUAUCGAUUCCAACGAGUAACAAUUAACUGGGUUAACGAAAAACUUUGAACUGAAUAAAAAGUUUUCCAUUUUCUUUCCCAUGUUAAUCAAUCGGAUUUAAUUUUGGUUGGUGAUUUUUACCAUUCGACAAGUGACAAUAAUCCUAAUCAAGUUGAUACUUUUCUUAGAACAAAUUAAAAAUUGUGAAAUCGAAAAUUUUUUCUGUUCUUCUUUUUUUAGAAACUUUUUUGUUUCUGUUAUUUGAUGAAAGUUCUUGGUCCAGGUAACAAUUUAUUACGCUUUUGGUCGUGAUUUUAAUUAUCUAAUCUCAUCAAUCAUCUUUAAGUGACUUUUUAUCCACUGAGACUCAGGGAGCUGACCAAAUAUACAUAAUAAUCAAGUAUCUCAGUUGUUAAUUCAAUUGAAACAAUCACAAAAACAGAGACCGAGAGAGAGAUAGAAGAAGACAAAAAGACAAAUAAACAUCAUCAUCAUCAUCAUCAUCAUCAUAAUCAUCAGAGGAAGUCGUUGAUAGAAUCUUUUUUUUUCUCUCUCUCUCUCUCUUCUUAUCAUCAUCAACUCUUACCUGUUGCUUGUUUCCUCUCUUAUCUUCAUCUUUCAUUCUUACCUUUCAUUUUCAUUCAUCUUCAUCUUCAUCUCUCUCUUUCUGUCUCUCUCCUUUCAUUCAUUUUGACGAGUCAACUAAAAGAUUCCGUUGACUUUGUGAGCAAGUGAAAAAAAAGUAACAUUCAACAUCAUCAUCUCAACAAUCAACACUGAUUAUCAACUGGGCAAUUUAAGGUCCAGGUCAGUAUUUGAAACUCUCAGUUCUUAGUGCUGGUUAGACCGUGACAAUCAACUAACAUCCUUUGACAAUUUACUCUGCAAAUUUCACUCACUCAUCAUCAUCUUUAUCCCAUUGGUAAUCCUUCAUUCAUCCAAUAGUUGAUAUAACAAAAAAAAUAACAAUCGUGAUUGUCAACAGUCAACAAACAAUCAAAAUUACAAUCAAUUGAAUGUUUAUCAUAACGUUUUCAUAUCAUUGAAUAACGUUCAUCAUUAUUAUCUAGAAUCUGUUUCUAUUACCUCCCUGUCAUCAUUCAAUAUUGUAAAUUGAUAAUCUAAUCAAUCUAAUCAUCUCAACAUGAUUGAAUUUAAAUUCUGGACUAUUGUUACCAUUACAUUGACCUGGGUAAUUCAAAUUCAAUCCCAACAACAACAACAACAACAGUCACAACCACAACAAUCAAAACUUCAACAACGUCAAGGUGGACCUUGUGAUCAGAAUGAUUUAAGUUUUGAGCUAAUUACGGGCUUUGUUUAUUCAUCUUCAUCGGAAUCAAUUGCAACUAUACCGGGAACUUUACGAUUAACUGAUUGUCUCAAUAGAUGCCGAUCCAAUUCAACUUGUCAAUCGCUUAACUUUGAGACGGGACUUUGUGUCCUUUUUAGUACCAGUGCCUCUAAUCGUCCAGCCUCAUUGAAUAAAUCACAUUUUCCCGUGUUUACAAUUUAUGCACAGAAAAUUUGUCUUGGUGUUACAAUUGAACCGGUCUGCCAAAAAUCGUGGGUCUUUGAAACUGUUCCAAGUCAUAUAUUGACCGGUUAUACCUCUAAAUUGGCCUCAUCUCCGACCAAAUCAGAUUGUAUGGUUAAAUGUUACACUGAGACCAGUUUUCAAUGUCGAUCAGCUAAUUACAAUCGAGCUACCGGUGAAUGUAGUUUAUCAGAAAUGGAUCGACAUUCAAUUGUUACACCAUUUAGUACCGAUCGUCACUUCAGAUCAGCUCCUGGUCAAGAAUAUAUUGAAAAUAAUUGUAUUCAAGAGCCUAAAAAAUUGUGUGAAUUUAAAACGAUACGAGGACGAUUAUUGAAAACUGUUGAUUCAGUUUAUCCGGAGAUUAAAUCAACUGAUGGAUGUCGAGCUAAAUGUUUACAAUCAGAAUUUCGUUGUUUCUCAUUUGAUCUUGGAGAUCCAACAAUUAGUAAAGUUUGUCGAAUCUCUCAUCUUGAUUCAUCAUCAACUAAUCACAUAAACGAUGCUUAUUUUGAGAUUCCUCCAGCAGUUUCCUAUGAGCUUACUUCUUGUUACGAUGUCGAUAUUGUUUGCCGAUCUCGAGAUAUGCUGACCAGAGUUCGAACCAACAGGAUUUUCAAUGGUAAAAUUUACGGUAAAUCGAAGCCCAAUUCCUGUGUAAUGGACAUUAACAAUAGUCUAUCAUUUGAAUUAUCGUUGGGCUAUAAUGAUGUUGAUUGUGCUGUUAAACGUGAUGAUGGUGCUAAAUAUACAUCAGAAAUUGUCCUUCAACAUCAUGAUUUAAUUGUCACCACCAAAGAUCUUGGCCUAUCUGUCCAGUGUUCAUAUGAUUUGACCAAUAAAACUGUGGUCAAUACCGUUGUCUUUGAAUCAGAUGGUGAGAUAAUUGGUGCAGCUAAAGAUGAAAGAUUUGUCCACUCGUCGAUCGUUGAUUCCCCGAAUGUGACAAUUACCGUUACCGAUAGACUUGGAUCUCCAAUUCGAGCGGCAAAGAUUGGUGAUCAAUUAACUUUACGAUUUUCAAUUAUCGAUGAACCUUCACCGUAUGAAAUUUUCAUCCGUUCAUUAGUGGCCUCCGAUGGAGUAGAUGGAAGUGAAAUUGAACUUAUCGGUGCCGAUGGUUGUCCUAUUGAUAUCGCCGUGAUGGGACCAAUAUCACGAAUCAAAGGAGCGGCCAAAACCCUUGAGACAACCUUUGAAGCGUUUAAAUUUCCGACCUCAGAUAUUGUCAACUUUCGAGCGGUAGUAUCACCGUGUUUGGCCAAAUGUCAGCCGAUCCAUUGUUUCUCGGAUGGUUUUGAUGGUUCAACCCAAGAAUCAUUUUCCUAUGGUAAACGAAGACGAAGAAGACGAAAUGUCCACCAAUCGACACCACCACCAACAGAACAAGAUCUAAUUGUCCUACAAUCGAUUCGUAUUCAAGAUGGUUUCGAUUUCAUCGAAGGUAAAAAUCAACCCAAACAAACACCAACCAAACGAGAUGGACGAUAUGAUAUAAUUAAAGACUCAAAAAGUAUUCCAAAUGAAUUGAAUUUAUCUUCUCAAUCAUCGUACUCAUCAUUUAACUGCCUAACAUAUACUGGACUUGUAUUAAUCUUCAGCAUUUUAUUGAUCACACAAAUUGUUGUCCUAAUUGCUUGGUCAAUUUGCCGUUCAUCUUGGUCGAGAAAUGAUCAACUUGAAAAAUUAACUCUAUCACGAUCAUUAACAUCGACUAAUCUAUUAACAGCUAAAUCCAAUUAUAACCACAAUUUACAUCAUCAUCAUGGUAAUUUUUCCGAUAAAUGUUUGACCAUUCAACCAUUUACCACGAAAGGAUCAGCUUCAUCCUCAUCCUCAUCACCAUCACCUUCAUUUGCUAGUCAAUUGUAUAUAUUACAAUCAAUGGAUAAUAAUAAGUACCGUUAGAAUCUGC